CGCCGCUGUCACAUGAUACGUCAAAAGAGACGGUGCUUGUUGAUUCGAUCCAGUCACUACUCAAUUACAGUAGAUAUGAGCAACGACGACGAGCUUCGUGAAGCAGUGGCAAACGCUUUAGGAAACCCUGAAGAGGAUACCAUUGCAGCUGGUGCUGAAGUAGAGACUGUGCCUUCGGGCGAAACGCUUGACGAAAUGCUGACACGCCACCGAAAGGAGAUCAGACAGCUCAAUGCGGAAACGACUGCUCUAAAGAAAACUGCGACAAAAGGUGAAAAGAAGAAGAAGAAAGAAGUUUUAACUCAAAUUGCUUUGAUGGAAAGCGAAAUGAACAAAAGACACGAGGAAGAGCUACGGCAGCACCAGCGUGUGGCAGGAGAUCCUGCCAAUGUAGAACCAGAACAAGAGGACGAGCUCAAUGACGGAAUAUCGUUGGACCGUCUGAACGAGCUCACUAUAGAAGAGGGUCUCGCAGCGCCAAUCGCAACACCUGAACUCAGCGACAGUAAAAGUCGAAACAAGAAACCUAACAGACAAAAGCAGAGGAAGGAGAGGAAGGAAGCACAGAUUCAAAAAAUGCGCGACGAAGCGGACAAGGAAGCUGAAGGUCAAGUCGAUCGAGGUCAACUUGAAAGCGAAGCUAUAAAGGAGCUGCUUGUUCCCAUGCGCCUGCGUGUAUCCGAGGUGGCUGCUGAUGGACACUGCUUGUAUAAUGCCGUUUCUGAUCAACUUGCAGCAAGAUAUAAGGUCAACGCAACCUAUAAAGAACUUCGAAAAGAAGCAGCUGACUAUAUUCGAGGACAUCCUGACGAUUUCAUUCCGUUCUUGUACAAAGAUGAUGGAGGCAUGUAUACCAAUGAUGAUUUGAAACAAUAUUGUGAUGAACUUGAAAAUACUGCAGUCUGGGGUGGUCAAUUAGAGAUUUUGGCGCUUUCCAAGACUCGAAAGGCACCCUUCCAUAUUAUUCAAAUGGGAUCGCCUGUACUGAAGAUUUCCGAUGACGAGUUUCCUUCAAAUCAGCCCAUCAAGCUUGCAUAUCACAAGUACCUUUACUCACUUGGUGAGCAUUACAACUCACUACUAGAUGUAUAGUAUAGUACAUAUCUUAUUUAUAACAUGUAACCGGCGUAUAUGGCCAAUCGGACAAAACACAUUUGAGGUUAACUGGU